UAAUAGACGACUAUUUUGUGCAAUAGAAAAAAUACAAAUUGUUAAAAAUGGGAAAAAAAAGUUUCCUUCUAUUAAUUGCUGUUUUUAGCAGCGUUUCUAUUAUUAAUGGUGCAGCUAUUGAUAAUUUGGAAAUAAAUUUGGAGAAAAAAUUAUCUGAAAUUAUUGAGGAAGUUAAUUCGAAUGAUACGCGUUAUAAAUACAAUGUAAUAAAACAAAAGGAUAAUCAUAUUGCUGGAUUAAAGACACGAGUACAAAAAGAAAAUGAAACUCUUCUAAACGACUUAUCUAAUUUUAUAAAUGGAAAGGUAGUGCUGAAAAUUCAAGACAAAAGCAGAGAAUGUUUGGAAUUAGCGGUAUCCUAUAAACGUUAUAAAAAUACUGCAUUUACCUUCUAUAAGGAUUGUCUAGUAAAUCAAUUGAACAUGGUUGAGACAAAAUGUGAUAUUGUUCAACAUAAACCAUAUAGAUUUUUAAAUGAAUUAUACUCCACCAAAGCUCAAUUGUCAUCUUGUUUGGAAUUGAAGAAAACCAACAGUUCAAAAGCAUCCACAUGUCUUGCAAAGCUGACGGAAAAAGUGAAUGAGUUUCAACAAGUAUAUGAAGUGAAAAUGUUUCGGCAUAAUGUUCCAUUUUUGAAAACUCCUCCAUUUGAGAAAUGUGAUAACUUAUAUAAUGGACGUAGUCGUCAAUUGAAUAAUCAACUCAAAAAAUGUCUAGAAUAAAAACAAUAUUUAUUCAUGUAAUAAAAAAUGUAGAAAAUGUUUAAUUAUACUAUUUUUUUGUACUUGAA